AUGGCUAAAAUUGGCUCACGAUUAAGCCCAACCGAGAAAGAAGAACUAACGAUUUUCCUUAGAGAAAACCGAGACUUCUUCGCAUGGUCACUAUCUGACAUGCCUGGCAUUGACCCUAAGGUGGCCUGCCAGAAGCUGAACCAACUGCUUAGCUUUUUAGACGCAUACUCCAGCUACAACCAAAUAGCCAUGUAUGAGCCCGACAAGGAGAAAACCGCGUUUGUGAUCGAGCAGGAGGUCUAUGCUGAUGAUAUCAUGAUAAAGGGCAAGCAGCAGUCAGAUCACAUUCGCAAUUUGGCAGAAACUUUCAAUAUCCUUAGAAAGUACAAAAUGAAGCUCAAUCCUACCAAAUGCACGUUUGGAGUAUCUUCAGGUUGA